GUAAUAGUUAUGUAUUUAUAGAAUUAAGAAUUUAAAAUAAAACAAAGUAUAUAAAUAGAGAUUAAUAAACAAGGGACGUGUUGCCCGAAGGAAGAGCAGAGGAGCUGUGACGUACUGGUAACGGGGAGCGCCCCCCACCACCAUCAAGAUGGCCGCCGCCCCUCCACGGCCUCAGUCCGUCGCCGGCCUCGGCACGUCCAACAUAUCAGAGCUGCCGGUCCUCGUUCCUUGUCGACAGCUAGUGUGUCCUGUGUGUCGGGCAUGCCCCCAGCGGACUUCUAUGUUCAUGUUCCGGAGGCGUCGCGCCGCGCUGGUUAGGUCCUUACUCAAGGCCCGGGUCCGGAAGAAGGACGAUGACGAGGUGCGUAAUCUCUUAAUGAAGAAGCUCAACGAAGGCCAGCUGGAGGACCUGCUGAGGGCCGUCGAGACCAGGGGCGGCACCGCCUCCUGUAUCAUCGUCGACACCUCGGCGGACCCAGCCUUCCUCACCUGCCGGAAUUGGCGGUGGCCCGACUUGGACAGCCCCUGCCAGCUGAAGAAGCUGCCGGUUUGCAGGUCCUCCUUAGCGGAGCCCUGCUGCAACCCCUUCCACUGGAGCAGGCUCUACAGCCCUGAAUCUCCACCACCUCCUCCCUACUCCCGCUUUAGUAGCGAGAGGCUGAAACCUGAAGACCGAGCUCCAAGCGAAAGCAGUCAGUUGGAGCUUAGGGGUUCUCUAAGCACCAAUGGAGAGGAAGUACACCCAGGCUGGUGCCGGCUGGCCUACUGGGAGCUCUCGAUGAGGGUAGGUCGACAGUUCCCCGUCCAUAACCAGUCGGUCAACGUCUUCUGGAACCUUCCUCACGGGGACGGGCUGUCCCUGCGAACCCUGGCGGCCAACGAACCCCAGCCGCCCAGCGCCGUCCUCAAGGCGAGGGACAAGAUCGGAAAAGGAGUUACCCUUAGUAAAGAGGACGACGGUAUCUGGGCGUUCAACCGUUCGGAUUGCCCCAUCUUCGUGAACUCGCCGGCCCUGGACGACCCGGACUCCAGGUUCUUCCUGGUCUACCGGGUUCCGCCGGGACAUUGCCUCAACAUCUACAACGGUAGCCCGCGAGCCCCCCGGUGCCAGAGCGGCCCCAUCGACCUCAACUCGGUGCGGAUCAGCUUUGCCAAGGGGUGGGGCCCCAAAUACUCGCGGCAGGACAUCACGGCCUGCCCGGUGUGGCUGGAGAUCCUCAUGGCCCCCUGCAGGUGACACAGCUCCCGUCGAGUUUGAGGAGCCAUUCAUCUCAUCAGCUUUAAAGGGAAUAUUGUACUUUUUCUAAAAACAUUUUGUUGCGCCAGUUAUUCUUAUUGCAAUUUUUUUUUUUGUUAUUUCGUUGGUAAUGUCUAUUUUUUUUUCUUAAACGAGCGUUUCCAUUAGUCUUAACUGCCAAUCUGUACCGAUGAAACAUAUAAACAAAAAAAAAUUUAGUAUACUGUUAUUGUGUAACUCUGUAUUUAUUGUGUUAAUUUAUUAUUAUAUCUUUGCUCUCAACAGGCCACUAUUUAUUGUAUAUUACAAAUGUCUAUUUUAUGGAAAUGAAUUCAGUGUGAUAAAGAGUCAGAUGGGACAUUGUUUUCCAAAAUUUAGUUGUUAAAAAAAUGAACGGAAACUCAUUUAAGAUAUUAUCUGAUAUUUUAAAUGAAUAUUCCUGAAUCUGUUUUAUUUGAGUGAAAUGAUUAAAAAAUCCCUCUGACUUUUUAUCAGUCCAUUCAUGUUUAGUAUUUAUAUCUUAACUCCAAGUUUAAUAAAAAUAAACUUGAAUAUUUUAUUUAGAUUAUUGUUGAAUAAACAAGAAUUAAAAUUAAUGAAUCUCAUUUGUUUUUAUUAUUAUAUUUUAUCUGUAAAUCCUAAUGUGUUGUUAGACUUCCAUUGUACGUAAUCAUGUAGAACAAAGAUAUAGCAAUCACUAUGAUUCAAUCAUACAAUUAUUAUUUAUAAUUUUGGUUGAUUUGUAGUGUUGGUAAAACGGAACAUUGAUUGAUUGAUAUUGAACGAUUACAAUGAUCUCAAGAGAUGAAUACUUAGAAAACAAAUAAAAUAUAAUAAUGAUAACUUAUUUAAUAUUUAAUAUUGGUAAUUUAAAAUGUCAUAGUGUUUGUGGGAAAGGAAAAAACUGUUUCUGUUGAAUAUAAAAGUUGUUUCAAAGGUACAUGUUUUUAACAUUGGCAGACUUCAUAUAUUUGUUUUCUUUAUUUUUUUAUACGUUUUCAUUUCAAUUAUAAAAAUAGCUCGUCCAUGUGUUGGUAACCGAUUAGACUGAAAAAUUUGAGGACCUUAAAUAUUAUUCAUAGAGUUACCAGAAAGAAAACUUAAAUAUAUAAAUAUAUUCAUUGUACAUUAUGAGUAUAACAGAAAUUGAUAUUUAUAUAGAAAAAUUACUUAUUUCCUUUAACACGCAUUAUUUUUUUUUUUAUAUAUAUAUAUAUAUAUGAACUUGCACCUGUCGAUGCUGUUCGAUGUAUCCUAGUCUUGUAGUGUAAAAAUCUGGAUAUUAAGAGUUUGAAAUGCUCAAGUAAAACAGAACUUGUAAAGAUUAUAAACUUAAAAUUUCAGUCUUUAAACCAACCCUCUUCCGUUGCAGGUGUAGCAAUAUCCUUUGUUUCUACUUUUGGUUUUAUAUUUUAAAUCAACUCCCAGUCAAAACUUAAGUGUAUCAUCAGACCACAAGAAUUAACUACUAAUAUGAUGUUAUCUUGAUAAUUUAAACAAAAGCAUUUUAAAUCUUUGGAGGUUGGUACAGUAUGCAACAAAAAGAUGUGUGGUUAAUGAGGCAUUGUUAAUUUUAUGUAAUAGCUUUAAGCAGUAUUGUUUAUCUUUAUUUUAUUUUUUCCGUUAAGGUCACCAGGCAAUAAUGUGCCAUUUUCAAUAUCAAAAGAUGGACAGCAUGUACCUUAAAGGAAGUUUUGUUUUAUUUUCAAAAUAUAUAUGUUAUUUUCAGUAAUAUAUGCUAUUCAUAUAUAAUAGAUAUAUAUUAAUUCACAUUUUAUUAAAAUUUACUAACAGGUGUUGUAAAUACUUAUUCCUAAUGAGAAUCCAAUAGUCAACUUUUCAAAGGAUUCUCUUUAAAUUAAUCUGUUAUACCCAUAUUUUUAAAAUGUCCAAUAUAGUGAUGUGCCUUCUUAUGUAAGCUGAUUCAAAUAUGAUCCAGAUAAAUUUUGUAUUUAAAGAAAAGUGAUAACUCAGGGUGUUUGUUAAAUGAUUGAUUCUGGAGAACAUAGACAUACAAUUUAUUUAGAAGAAAUGAUCAGUGUUACUCUGCUUGAGUUCUUUUCAGUCAUUAGUGCCUAAAACCCACCAUGCCUUAGAAUUAUAGUGCAUUGAUUAUUAUUCUUCCUUUUAGUAACACACGUAUACGCUCAAACACAGAUAUAUACAAAUAUAUUAAUAUUUGUAUACAUCUGUGUAUGUUUGUGUAAAAGCAAAAUACUUGUUAAUGAAAAUAAAAUUCCCAACAGUGACUAAUGUGUUGGUCGAUGAUACUAAAUAGACUAGAAUUGCCUUACACCUUGUUAUUAUAUAUACAUAAGAGCUUAUUGUAAAUAAAAAUGUCAAACAGGCAUGAAACCUAUGUACUUCUGAGGAAUUUUAUUUCUUUUAUAUUCAAGUCAUAAAAUCUCUGUGUUAUUCCCCUUGUUGAAUCUAGUUCAUUAAAUGUACUUAAAUUAAGUACUUUAAUUUAAUAAAAUCUGCUAAAUGUUUUAACAAGUUUCAUAAAUUGUAAGGAUUAUAGACUGCCUAUUUAAAAAAAAUUAUUAUUGAAAAUAUAUUUUUUCAAACAAAUUUAAAAAAGAAAAAAAAAAAAGAAAUAUAAAAUUUUGCCACAUUUAGAUGCUCGUGCCUUGUUAAAUGCACUUAUUAUUUUAAAAAUACUAUUUGUACCUUGGUGAUACAUUUUAUGCCAAAUUUUUAAGCAAGUAGCAAUAAAUAGUAGCCUGAGUCACUAAAUUAUAAAUUUAAUAAUUUUUUAUCUUCACAAUUAACUUAGUAAAAUUGUUAUGAAAAACAAAAAAAUGAGGCAUUCCAGCUACCUUAGCAAAAAGAUAAAUAUGUGUAUAAAUUUAAUCUCAGUAAUAAAAAAAAAAUCAAGUUAACUAGUUCUACUCAACUUUGGCUCUAAAUCCUACGUGUACUUAUACAUUCUUAGUUUGUACCAGAUUAUAAUGUUUUUUAUGUAUUCAUAUUUAUAUAUUUAUAUUGACUUCCUGGAAUUUAUUAUUAAAUGUAAGAAUACCUGCUUUGUAAGUCAAGUUGUUGAAAAGCAAGCUUAAAUUAUUUUAAAUUACAGACUUUAUUUUUCCACAAUCAUCACUAAUCUUUUUUAUUGUUGAUAUUGUAAAAUAACAGUUAGACUGUAACUUUGUUGAUGUUAUAGUAUAUUUAUUAUUUUUCAUUAUAAUAUAUUGUAAAUAUUUUUUAAAACUCGUCCAAUUAAAUAAAAAAAGCAGGUGCCUGAGUGCCUGAAUACCACAUUAAUGUACAUAUUGUAAAAAUAGAAAUCGUUGUAUUAUAGUUAAAUUUAACAACAAUGUAAUGGCUAUUUUAUGUAUAUAUAAAUUACAUAAUGUGUAACUAAAUACAGGGGAAAAUAUUAUUUCUCAUUUAUAUUAAAUAAAAUAAAUUAAUUAAUUACUUAUGUAGAAAAGUCCUUUUAUUU